AUGGCAUGGCUGAAUGUCGCCCAUAGGAAAUUGGUCAAACUCGCCUUUGCAGUAUUCACCCUGUUUGGGAUCAUCAGCUUCCUCACAGCCGGCCCGUCAAAGCCAACCCGGAUCCAGCACAACUUUCAACGGAAGCCUCUCGCUCAGUCGGCCCGCCAACAUGCCGUCAAGCGCGAGUUCUAUCAUGCUUGGACGGCCUACAAGGACCAUGCGUGGAUGGCUGAUGGACUGAUGCCUUUGUCUGGAAGUAGGAAACAGCAGUUCUGUGGUUGGUCUGCCACUUUAGUCGAUUCUCUGGACACUCUCUACAUCAUGGGAUUUGACGAUGAGUUUCAAGAGGCCGUCAAUGCCACCUUGACAAUCGACUUUUCUGGAACAGUUGGGGACUGUGUCGUCAAUCUGUUCGAGUCUACCAUUCGUUAUCUGGGAGGCCUCCUGGCUGCAUACGAUCUCAGCAACGAUGUCAGACUCCUCCCCAAGCUCGUCGAGCUCGGAAAUUUGUUGCACUCGGCUUUCAGAACUCCCAAUGGCAUGCCGUGCACUCAUUGCAAACUCGGAGCUAAAGACGUCCUGCUGCGGGCCCCCAAUAGUGCUUCUUUGGCCGAUGUUGGAAGCUUGUACUUGGAGUUUGCUAGGCUUGCUCAAGUCACCCAGGAUGACAAGUACAUGAGGACGGUCGAAUUCUUGGCCGAUGCCUUUUCUCGAGCGCAGAAUCAAUCCAGUAUUGCUGGGCUGUGGCCGGAGAUUGUCAUUCCCAGUUCUACCGAUGGCGACAAUGGCCGGUUCGCCAAGGGAAACUUCCGCUACUCCCUGGGUGCCCUGUCGGACUCUGCCUACGAGUAUCUGGUCAAGACUCACCUGUUGCUGGGAAAGAGCACCAAAAUCUACGAAUCCAUGUGGAAAUCCGCAUCCAGGCAAAUCAAGCGACACCUGUUAUUUCGAGCCUUCAUCCCUCCCGCCAACAAGGCCGAUGUCAUCUUCUCCGGAAUAGCCACUAUGGUACCGUCGGGCGACGAGCCCAUGCUCGAGACGCGGACGGAGCACCUGGCUUGUUUCUCAGGAGGCAUGUUUGCCAUAGCCUCUCGCAUAUUUAACGAACCGCGUGACUUUGACGUUGGCAAGCAGAUCACCAACGGCUGUGUUUGGGCAUAUCACAAUAGUCCCACAGGCAUCAUGCCUGAAGCACUUACCACACUCCCCUGCUCGACGGGUGACGGGAAACAAUGUGCCUGGAACGAGUCAUACUGGGACCAAGAAAGCCGCCGUCCCGCCAACUGUUUGAUGGCCGACUGUGACAAGUACACUUUCCCACCGGGCUUCCUGCAAGUGUCAGACCCUUCGUACAAACUACGACCCGAGGCAAUCGAGUCGGUCUUUGUCAUGUGGAGAAUGACGGGCGAUGAAUACUGGCGUGAUGUCGGCUGGUCCAUGUUCGAAUCCAUCAUCGAACAUACCCGUUCUGCUUAUGGCCAUGCCUCUCUGCUGAGCACGAUGGAAAUGUUCGACCAGGACCGGUAUGAAAAGGGUUUGAUGGUCAGGAAAGUCUUGGCUAGAAGGCAUGACGACAUGGAGAGUUUCUGGUUUGCUGAGACGUUGAAGUAUUUCUACCUGCUCUUCAGCGAUCCCGGGUUGAUCAGUCUGGAUGAGUGGGUGUUGAACACCGAAGCCCAUCCAUUCCGACUGACACCGGGGAUCCGAGGGUUUUAG